CCAAAAAGCCUGAAGGAUCCAAACAGGCCUUUCCCCACUGGUCAAAAUGAUGUUAAUUUGAUCAAGUGGAGAAUCCAAGGCAUGAAUGAGGCCUCUUUGCCAUUGACUGUUAACUGCUGGCCCACUGUUUCUGGAAGUGAGACGUUUGUUAAUAUUGAAUAUGAAGCUUUUGAGACGUUUGACCUGCAAAAUGUUUUGAUAACUAUACCUCUUCCUGCAAGUCGAGAACCACCUAGUGUAAGGCAGAUAGAUGGAGAAUGGAGGUAUGAUGCAAGGAAUUCGACAUUGGAAUGGUCAAUCCUUCUCGUCGAUAAUACUAACCGGAGUGGAUCCAUGGAGUUUGUCGUGCCUCCUGCUGAUCCAUCUUCAUUCUUCCCCAUCGCAAUCAAGUUUACCGCGGCCAACACUUUCAGUGACGUAAAGGUUGGAAAUGUCAUACCGAUUAGAGGUGGUCCUCCUCCAAAGUAUGCUCAAAGGAUACAGCUGAUAGCAGACAAUUACGAGGUGGUUUGAGUUUAGAAGGGGAAAAUGGUUGCCCAUUUGACAUUGGAUGUGGAUUUGAUUUAAGCUACGAGGGUUUUCCUUUUUUGUUCAGGAUGUGGAUCAUUAUGUUUCUUGCUGUUUCUUUUAGUUUUGGAAGAGUGGAAGAUAUACAUGGAAGUUUUUAUGUGCUUAACGGAGUCUCAAUGUUCUGUUUGUAUCAAUGAUACCUUGCAUUACAGGAAUUUUAUCUUUGAGUACCAUAUGAUCUUUGGGGGUCUAUUUU